UAUCUAGAUCGCAAAAGUGACGGCAUACCCGGUUCGUAUGUAUGAAGCUAUUUCGGAGCAUCUGGCAUAAAUCAUUUUCUAUUACAAAUAUUUUGAGAACGUGAUAUUUUUGUGCACAAUGAGAUGGAUGACCAUCGUAUUGUAUCGAUGAGCAGAUCCAAUACGAUAUUUUCCUGUUGUCGGCUUACGACAUGUUAAAAUAACAAAAAUAUCGAUAUUUACGUCAGUGCCUGACCGGGAAGUCUUAUUGAUAACUCUCCAGAAGAUCUGGAAGGAUCAACAGCUACCGGAAGAAACAAAUUGUUGCUUUUGAAUUCGGUGGAAAGUCGACCCGAGCGCUAUUUGCCUGUUAAUGAGGCCAGCAUUAGGAGUUCUGUUGAAUGGUUCGUUUCAUGAAUUCGGUUGUUUGGUUUAAGAUAAUUUAUAAUAACGUUGCAUAAUUUUGGUAAAUAAUGGCAAUUAGACUAUGCCGCCUGUGUUUACGACGGUCACAAGAGACACUCCCUCUGUUUAAGGCGCGAAUCGGAGAUAUACUGUUAACUGAAAUGAUCUGGUCCACAUUCCGAGUCGAAUUUGAUAAAAAUGCAUUUUUCCCAAGAAACGUGUGUGCAAGCUGCAUUAAAAAGGUAGAUUAUCUCUAUAGUUUUCAACAAGAAUUGAUGAAGUGUCAAUCAGUGCUCUUCGAAUGUAAAAAUAAAGGAAAAAUAACUGCGAAGGACUUAAAGUCACUCAAUUUGCCCUACUACAGCGAUGGGAUUUCAGAGCCAGCUCAAGUACUAGAAGAGCAAAAUGAUGAGUGUGCGUCGAUGGAGAUUGAACAACUGGAUCAAGACAUGGAUGUGGAGAAGGUGGACAACGACGAGUAUCAAUCAGCUAUUUUAGUAGAUGAACCAAUAUUUGAGGAGCAGUUGAUCGAUAUUAAGAUUGAAACUCUUGAAACGGGAGAUCGAUUUGAGGUUGAACAAAUCAUAGGAAAUUACGAUGCGCUAUCGAAAUAUUGCAGUGAUGCUGAGGAAGACUUCAAAGGAUUCGAGGAACCUGUUCCGGUGAGGUUAGAAGCGGCAGAAGGCUUUCAGCCUGAUAAAACACAAAAAAGGUUGAAGGCUGUUCCAAAGUUGGACAUAAUUGAAACAAUUCCUAACAAAUGUUACAUUUGCAACACAAUUUACGAGAACAACGAUCUUUUCGACAUCCAUUUAGUCAGUCAUAAAAUUAUGCUGCCAUACAAUUGCGUGAAAUGUAGUACUAGAGUAAAUCCGAUAGAAAUCAAAACUUUGGUACAACUCAAUAAACACUUUGAAUCGCAUGGAUUCAGCUAUGAGUGCUCACAUUGUCCUUUGCGGUUUCGUUCCUAUCCUCCACUCUAUGAUCACACUCGGAAUGCCCAUUCCCGCAAUACCGAAGGAUUCACGUGCGAUAUUUGUGGUCAGGUAUUCAACGAAAUUCGAAAAUUCCAAAAGCAUACACGGGCUCACAAAGCUCGAGAAAUGCAGCGGUAUAAAUGUAAAACAUGUAACAAGACAUUUCAAACGGGUACUCUACUGCGUCGUCACGAACAAAUACACGCUGAUAAUCGUCCGUUUGUGUGUCCUUACUGCAAUCGAGGUUUUAAUCACGAAUCCAACUUUCGACAGCAUAAAAUGCGUCACAUCCAACAGCAAUGCGAAGAUGAGUCGGGAUAUCCUUGCACGGUAUGCAAGAAGCACUACACAAACGCCACAGAUUUGCGUGUUCAUAUGCGAGAGCAUUUCCCGAAUGAUCCGAUGUACACCACUAAAACAGAUAUCCUGCCCAAGAAAUUGAAGGACUCCUCUAGCUAUCCGAGACCGUGUGAGGAGGCUGACUGCCACUAUGUGGCACCUUCGUACCAGUUGAUGUGGUCGCACUAUCGCAAUCAUUAUAAAAUGUACCAGUGUCAGCAGUGCGAUAACAAAUUUGCAACGGCUACCAUCCUCAAGAGGCACAUCGAAGUGAUACAUCAGAAUAUACGUAAAUACAAGUGUGAAUUGUGUCCUAAGGCUUUCGGUUACCAGCACAAGUACAAGGAGCACAUGAACAUGCACAGCGGUGUUAAAGCGUACCAGUGCCGCUAUUGCCAAAAAAGUUUCACACAUUCUUCCAACCUGCUGGUGCAUCAGCGCAUUCAUACUAAAAUCAAACCGCACAAGUGCCUGACUUGUGGAACGUCCUAUGUUACUACAUCCGCACUGAAGAAGCACCAGAAAACGCAUCUACCGAAACAGUUGGUUGCCGGAACAGUUCAAACGGUAUCGAAGAAUUCGAAGCAACAGAUAUAUGCGGAGACGGAGUUCAUUUUUGGGGUGAAUUGUGAAGAGCAUGAUAUAGCCGGGGAAGAAGAAGUUGAUCUCAACUAUUUAGAGUAGACGCGCGGUCUUUUUCGAUGAAUUUUCUGGGUUUACACGAGAAUAAAAUGUGAAGAUUAAAUACAA